ACUUCCCCUCUUCCAGCUUUGAGAAGGACAUGCAACUAUAUUCCUAGGAUUCAUAUCCCUUGCUUCGUUCAUUAAUAGAAUUCCGCAAAGUCAAAUCCUCGCCAUGGUGUCCCUAGCAAGACUAUGGUGGAGAUGGAUACGUAUGUUGCCCCAAUGGAUACUGCAUACAGGACUUAACACUUUUUAGCAUACUUCGGCUUUCACCACGUAUUAAUGGCAUUUAGCUACAUUUCCAUUAUAUUUAUAUCCAUCAUCGCAGCCGGGUGCACAACUACAGGACUGAAAGAUAUUUAUCUCAUCUCUUUGUCUUAUACAGCGAACAACACUACCAACGUACCGGACCGUGCUUCGGGGCAAGUUAGCACAAUUAUUCCUUCUAUUUUUACUUCCACUACCAUCAAAAAUAGUAGUUUGGAAGUGCGGGUAGCAUACUUCGGUCUGUGUUUGCAGCGGCUAGGCGGCCAAUGGAUAUGUUCCAGCGCUGAGGAUCUAGCUUCCUCGGAGAUAGAUGCUAAAAGCAGUUCCCCGGAAGGAGGUGGUGAUCCUCUCAACCUGAUAUAUCUUGCUGAAAAGUUUCGCAAAGAGGUUGUCUUCGUUGGGCUAUUGUUUACAUCGCUUGCUCUAGCGAUUAUAUCUAUUUUCAUUCUGCGUACAUAUCCAAGCUGGUUCCUAGACUACGAUAGUGACAGUGUUUCAGAUAUUGGUCGAACACUGCCUGGUCCUACCACUAUGUCUUCCAUCGUCACCGCUUUUAUGUCUCUUGCGACUAUGUUGGCCUUUGUCGCUAUACUAUGGCAACAUCUCGGAGGAACAGUCGCUGCUACGAUGUACACAACAACAACAUAUGGCGCAGUAGCUGCUCAUAUAGGUGUCACAGCUACUGCCCUGGGCUGGGUAACCGUGUUUGCCCAAAGUCUCACAUUGGUUGGUAUCAGUGUCAUACGACUUACACGCGUUCUAUAGCGUUGCUCUAGGCGACUCAAAAGAUCGACUAAUAUGUGCGGAGAUACGGAAUUAUAAAAACACUAGCGUAAAGCUGUGGGGGUCUGCCGCUAUGUGAGAACUUGACUAAAUUAUGAUUACCAUCCUCCAAUAACUACAAUUUCUCAUUUGCUACCGUUUCAUUGGAAUCUCCUGUACUCCAAGAUGACUUCACCAGCUGUACACCGUCUUUCACUAGCCCAGCGACCAAGGUCAAACAGCCCGUGCAGAUUAUCGCAACGACCACAACUGUAAGAGUAACCUUUAUACUGGACGAUAGAGAGGAUGUCCAAAUAGCAGGUAAAAUAGCCCCAGCUCCUAGCAUCACACCGAUAACAAAGAUGUUGCGGGAGAAAAACUUAUACCGUAACGCGUUUGCGACUGUGUCCAAGUUGAAUACAAUAUAAAUAAACGGGAUAGAGAGGCCAAGCCCUAUGCCCACUGUUUCCAAAUUAG